AUGUCUGCAGAAGCAGUGAAACGACAAAUCCUUCUUUCCGUGGAUUCUCUGGCCAUUUCUCUCAACCGAGUUCCCUCUUCGUCUAGCAUUUUUGAGGCAUGCGCGGCGGCGAAACUGCUUCGCAACCGACUCCUGCGCGAGCGCACUCGCGUUGUAGAGCGCAUCGAGGAACUUCGAGAGCGUCAGAUGUACAAUGAAGCCAGUGAUGAGGAUUUCGACUAUGACAAUGGCGACGCUGAAGCGCAGCUUGCCGGAGGCGACGUGAGUCGCACAGAAUUCGUAUUUAUGUGUGAAAUGAUGGUGGCAGAAAAGCUAGUCGUACCGUUGCUCUUGGCGCAUGGAAUGAACUUCAGUGACACACUGCUUCCCCAGCUCCUCAAGCUGUUGGCGGUAAUGCUGUUACCGAUACCGCGCUUUUCGGCAAACGAGGUUCUCCAGAAAGAUAUGCUGCAAAAGAUAAAAAUGCGCUGUGGCACAGACGAGUUUUUUGCGUUGCUAGUGCAGUGCGUAGCACCUAUUGCAGAAAAGCGAACAGCAGGCGAGCUGCGACUUGAGGAUGCCAUUAUUCUUGAGAUUGUUCUCACGGUAAUAACGUACUUGCUGGACGGACACCCAAUGAACACGGAGCGAAUUGUUGGUGCUUUCUGUCGUAACCACGGCGUCGAGCUCCUUCUAGUGGUGAUAAACCAGAACUACUCCCGGAUCCACGACAUCAACGCGGCUGCAAAUAGAGAUACAAACAACGAGGUCUUGAACAGCUUGAACGGUAUAAAAAAUGAGAGCCAUGAGAGAGAUACAAGUGGCGUCGACCUCAAAUUCGAUCAGGUGAGGGGUGAAAUUCACCUCGAGGAGGAAGGGAGUGAUGUCGAUCUCGAAGAUGAUGACUCACUGUCCGCAUCGCGAUCCUCAGAUAUGAUGCACAGAGCCCUUGACCAGGAGUAUCAAAAACAAGUCGACAAUCUCCUGGAAAGCGACGAACAGCUUUGGAAGUGGAAUCGCCUUGUUCUGGGUGCAAUGGCAAGCAUUAUCUGGUGUGUCCCCGCAGAGGAGCUGGCACAUCUGACAAUGCUGGGUCACACGAGUGACUCCUCGCCAGACCGAGUGCUUUCCUCACUUCUAAACGGCCAGCAUUUUCGUGACUGCAAGAAAGCAAGCGACAAGUGGCGUUUUGUGGCUCGCAGCCGCAAUGGAGCCGUCGCUUCCAAUGGAAUUCUUGUUCGUCCCUCGUCUGGAAGCGUGACAGGCGGCCGAGCCAUUGGCACUGUCUUUUCCUUGCUAGGACCACGGCGAAAAGACCCACUGGAGGCGAUGAAGGAUGUUGAUCUGCGCAAGCGUGGCCGCUUUGUCAAGGGCAUGUACCAAGACCUCACGCCGCAGUGUAAUAUUCCACUGCCCACGAAAAUACAGCUUUCGCACCAAAACAGCGCUUUUUUGAGUUUUGGUUUCGAACCGCUGAGGGUGAUGACAUUCAGCAAAGUGCAAGAUGCUGCCGCAGCCGUCGAGCGUGCCACAAAGGAGCAUAAAGAGGUCGUUGUGGGAUACAAGGGUUCUGGUGAGACAGUGGAGGUAACGUCGCCUCUCGACAGCGCCAUGUACCAAAACCUGGGUAACGUGUUGCACUAUAUGACAAUAUGUCGGUGUAUCCUACGAUACGUUAGGUUUAUCACUGAGCAGCUGAAAACGGAGCAGCAGUCGUUUCCGGUUGUGUUUCCGCAGCAGUGGCAUAGUGUCUCGGCGAUUAUUUCACUGGACAACGUGGAGUUAGGGUUUUCUGUCCUGAGCUCCUUCCUCGAUUGCACCGAUAUUCGCCGUCGUGAGGAUGUCUCGAUUGUUGUGGAGUAUUUGGCCGAGAUACUUCUCCUUUUGAAUUCGCUGCUGCAGGGCGAGAUGGCUGCCGAUCCUGCCGUGCAGGUUGCCGCUCACGCCCUGGCGUCCUCUGUCCUCUACAAGGAAGAGAAUAUCAAGGUCGUAUUCGGCUUGCUGUCUGAGUACUCGAGAUGGGUCAUUGCCAUUCACAAAGCCCAAGUAUUCACACUUUUCACGUUUUCAGUCUUUCAGCUGAUGGAAAAAUGCAGCUACAAGGGAAACCUCCUUCUUCCGAAGCGUUCGAAACAGCAAAAGAAGGCAGUGCCGGCGGACGAGGCGGAGGAUAUGGGUGGCGUAGAGAACCAAGGCGACAACGAGAGUGUCGACUCUGCCGCUUUGGAGGAUCUCUCUGAGGAGAUGCUGCGGGGUAUGGCAGACAUGAUUGACGACGAAAAAGGCGAUGACGACGCGUGGCGGCCUGACUUUGAAGCGAGCGUGCAGAGCAGUGCCGCUGGGGAGCGAAAGGUGCCGUCUGCAGCUGCGGACCUUCCCGAGAAGACAUUUGAGCCUGUGGGUGGUAGCUCGUCCGUGGACGGCGAUGGGCUGGGACCGUCGGAAAGGGAUACAUCACAAGGACGACUUCCCUCCAUUGCUUCAAGUAACCGCACCGCCUUGUCGACAAUGAGCUCUGAGCGGGAGGUGGCCGUUAGCGGCUUUUUUCAUCGUCUGGCGUCGCCGAAAAACAUUAGCCUCGUGUACUCAACUCUCCGCCACUGGCGCGUGAACGACGCAGACGUUAACAUCGCACUAACUUUUCUGAUGGACGCUUUGGUGCGCCAUAACUGUGAGAGCGUCUUCUUCAACAUCGCAUUUUUACUGCUGAUGCGGGAGGUGCUCGUCAACGGCGAGAAAACGCACGCUCCGCUUUAUGCUGUGUGUGAUCGCAUCGUGUACGACUUUUUCAACCCUUCGUUUGCAAAGGCGCAAGAUGCCCGUGCCGCGUCCGUGCUUCAACAUGAGGUAGAGAAUGGCAUGCUGAGCGGCGCGCAGUCCUAUCUCGGGUUCGAAGUUUCGCUGCGCUGCACGCGCGCGUUGUUCAACCUGGGCACACUCGAUUACACGUACAUUGAGGAGAAAGGGAUGUCGCAUCUGAUGAGCUACACGGCAAUACCGCUUUCGCAUGAGAACAGCGACGCGAAACGAGAAGAGCUCACGGCGGUCGCGGCUGAGACCAUUAGCACACGCUCUCCAGACUUCAGAGCACAUUGCCAGUGUCGAACAGCGACGUCCGCCGGCGGCACGAGCCAGCGAGAUAGCUCCAAGUUAGCUUCCGAGGUGGAGGACGGUGAUGAGCGGGCGGUGCUCAGUCAGAGCCAUGCGGCAGGGGAUGGCAAUGACAAAAGGGAGCGCGGAUGGAAGUGGCGCCAUCGUCACGGUCACGGCGAGAAGAAACGAAGGCGGCACGAGGUCUCCGAUGCAGUGGCUGCCGACGACGACGACGUCAGCGGCAGGGACAACGAGUCCGCCACAGACAUGACAGAGACUGAUGACGGGGCAGCUGCCACAGCGGCCCAGCUGGGUGCCGUAGCGGCGCCCUUAUUUGAUGCCGCGAAAGGAACGUCGGUGAUCUAA